AUGACUGCCGCUUCGAUUCUCCUUCUCCUCCUCCCUGCUGUUGACGCCGCCUUGACGGUGAGGUCGAUGAGACAGACUGCUACGGCUUGCCGUAUCAGCUCGCAUGGUUCAUCAGUAACCCUCAACUUCAACCCAGAUACUGAUCGUGUACCCCAUGUAAGAGAAUUGGCCUGUAAAGAAGGAUAUAAGAAAGGAUUCUUUCGCACCAAGAAGACCUCAAAGAGUUACGAGCUAGGAGUCUAUGCUGAGAACAAGGAUAUUCUGGCUCCCUUCUUCUUGGACUGGAAACCCAAACCUGGUCUGCAUCAACGUGCAUACAACUGCGUGUCAGCGGCCAGGCAUCUCCAUCACAAGUUGAAGACGAUUUAUCUCCGCUCCAAGAAGUGGUGGUAUCGCAUACCGGGAAGAGCCAGUUAUCGUUUCAUGGAGUUCAUCUGUGCAUUGAAGUACCAGAAGGAUGGCCCUACUCUGUUUAUGCAAUUGUUGGGCCAAAGGGAGCACACUGAGGUCAUCAUUGGCAAGCUGAAGGCCACUAAGGAUAAUUUCAACGACAUGCACGAUUCUGCAAUUUUGGCGGAAGAUGAGGAAGAAGGAGAAGAACUUCUCGCCGGAAUGAUUUCUAAAGCGAUUCGCCUCGCGAUUUACAUCCCAGCGGUUUCUGGGGCUCUUUUUGGUUUGACUGUCAAGAAGCCGAAAAAUGGGAAUCCUGGUGAAUGUAUGGUUGAGUCUAAACAGCAGGGGAGUGCUAUUUUUCACUACGAGGAGAGUUCUGAACCGUCCUUGACUGUAACGGAGCUAUUCUGCAACUUCCAAGUUGAGAAUAAUAAACAGGGAGUCGAUUAUAAAGUGGAAGGGGGGCGAAUCAUGAAAGAAUUGGCUCCGGCAUUGAACUUGGACGACAACAAAAGACUUUCCAAAAAAUUGAAGAAAAGUUCUCCUCCGUUCGAGAAGUGCAAGGCUUGGGUUUUACAAGCGUUCAAAACUGCCCGGAACAAGGGUGAGGUCAAGGCCAGGAUCCGCCGUAAGGAUUCGAAGUUCAUCGGCUACCUCUGCCAAAGAGCGAAGCAGUUGAAGGACGAGGGUGGUGAUGAGGAAGCACAAGAAGGAGAGGAGGAAGAAUAA